GAAAAAGACAGCCAACAUGUUCGCUUCUAAAUUUGUCUUCUUUGCUGCUCUGAUGGCGGUAUUCACCGCUGUCAUUGCCGUGCCGCCUGGAUGUCUUAUCGGAGCUAUCAACACCCAAAAGGACCCCGGCAACCUCAAGGCUGUCUGCAGCACCGAGGAUGUCCAGCGCGAAAUCGUGAAAAUGUGUCCAGAAGACACCGUCAAGGCUGCUCUGAAAUCGUUCUCUGACUCGUGCGCCGAAGCUGGUCAGAAAGUCUCACUCAUCGACAUCAACAAGCCAACCGGUACCUCUGGCGCAUCAAAUGGUGGUGACAAUGGCGGCAGCAAUCCCACUUCCACCUCUUCGGGUUCCCAUUCCACUGGUACAUCCGCCGGAUACGUACACAAUAUUGACUCCUUCACCGUCGCAGCCGUUGUCGUCCUCGUUGGACUGGUCUCGAGUAUGUAGAAAGAGAUGGAUUAACACAUUAAGCAGGCGAACACUCCGGUCCCGUAUGCGUAUAUCAGAUAAUCAGAUGACUAUUUUUGUGGGUUCUCGUCUUGCGCUCUCUUAA